AUGUGGGUCGGACCAUUUACGCGUCAAUCAGAUUUUGUCUGAGAAACCUGAGAGGAUACACGGAAGAGAAAGAUUCUUCUGAGAUCAACAGCAAGCAAAUUGGAGAGAGAAGAACAAAUGGUGGGAAUAAGACCUUUAUGUGAGCCACGCCUGUCAGCCUGUGGAGUGCGACCCAGCGCCCCAUAUCCCAGACCCUGGAGCAGCCCUGCCCAGCACAAUCAACAUCCAUGCCCAAGCCAUCUUCAUCAUCAUCCUCCUCAUCAGCGGCAGCCACAUCCCAGGGCUCGGUUCUGCAGGUGUCUGCCUUGGGUUCAGGGCGCCCCAUGGUGCCGAGGAGCUACAGGCCAGAGGGUGCAGUGCAGAGCAAUGGCCACAAGGGGGCCACCAGCCACACGUCCCAGGAGAGUGCCCCCGACAAGCCCAGAGCCAGAGUAAACUUGGAGAAGUCAGAUUCACCUGCACCCAGCUGUGUGUCUCUGCAGUCGAUGGAUCCACAAGGAAACCUCACAGGAGAAUUUACACCUGACCCGAUUGUCAUGAAGUUGGAGAGGUUACACUCACCUGGACUACACUCAAUGGAUUCAGAAGACAUUAAAGUAGAAUCCAUCACACCAGCUCAUUCCAGUGAGUUGGCUGCCAGUCUGCUGACCAAAGAGGACUUCAGAUGUUCAGUCUGCACAGGUGUACUGAGAGACCCAGUGUCCAUCCCCUGUGGACACAGUUACUGCAGGCAGUGCAUCACCUCAUACUGGGAACAGCCUAACCCAUCAGGACACUACGCCUGUCCUCAGUGUCCACACACAUACAGCUCCCGCCCAGCACUUUACUCAAAUUCAUCCUUGGCACAGGUGGUCCACAAGCUAGAGCACUUUAGUCCUGUCUUACCUGCCCAAAGCUAUGCUGGUCCUGGAGAUGUGGAGUGUGAUUUCUGCACCGGGCGGAAACUUAAGGCUGUUAAGUCUUGUCUGACCUGCUCUGCCUGCUUCUGUUUCACCCAUGUGAGAGAUCACUACAGAAUCCCAGUACUGCAGAGACACACAUUAGUUGACGCUGUUGAAAAUAUGGAAACGAAAUCGCUACACAGUGAAUUGAAGCAGGUAAGUGAACUGAUGAUCCUGGGCUGAUCUUUUGUGAUUUUAUUCCUGACAGACAAUCAAAUACAAACUCAUGAAUAGAUUAAUUGAUAAUUUCAUAUUGACUAGAAAUGUCAGUCACAUUUCAUAUGCAAAAAUAGAAUGCAAUAAAAUACAGACUAUUUCAUUUCAAAUGCAUCCUAAAUGGAGACAUUCCAAAUUGGCCAUAUUUGUUUUCGUUUUUGUUUCACUCAAUUAUU